CCUUCAUGUCUCUCGCUAGUCGAUCGUCUUGUUACAUACUAUACCGAGAAUUAGGUUGGGAAGAAAGUGUAUACAUCAAAGAAAAUAUUGAGUUCCAAUAAAAUUUAUUAAACAUCAAAUAGUGAAAAAUUAACGCUAUAAAACAUGUCAGAUCCAGAACUUGAAGCAAUACGACAACAACGAUUAGCUCAGUUGCAGUCACAAUAUAAGAGUAAUAAUGUAGAGAAUAAACAAGCAAUGGAGGAAAAAAUGCAUCAAAUGGAAGACAUGAAGAAUUCCAUUCUCACCCAAGUAUUAAGUCAAUCAGCUAGAGCAAGAUUAAAUACAUUAAGUCUUGGAAAACCUGAAAAAGGAAAAAUGAUAGAAGAUAUGAUAUUAAACAUGGCUCAACGAGGUCAGUUACCUGGUAAAUUAGGGGAAAAAGAACUUAUCAGUUUACUUGAAAGCGUAAAUCAACAAACACAACGAAAAACUGUUGUGAAGUUUGACAGACGAAGAGCAGCAUUGGAUUCUGAUGAUGAUUUAUAGCAAAAUAUGUAUUAGAGAUUACAUACAAAUCGUUAUUGACAUCUUUAAAGAGAAAUUAAUAUUAUGUAUUAGAUUGCAGAUUUUUAUGCAUUUAUAGGAAAUUUAAAAGUGUAAAAUUGCACACAAUACACACAAUAUGAAAGAGUAUAUAAAAUGUCCAAAAUAUAAUGCUUUCUAUAAUACUUAGUAAGUAAAAUAAUUUUCUAUCUAGGUUUUUUUAAAUUAUAUGUUGAAAAUAUGAAUUCGCACAAAAAUCUGCAAUCUAAUAGUAUAAUAGCGUUAAUUGACUAAAAUCUCAAGGAAUACUGAUGGAAAUGUAAACACAAUACAAGUUUGUUAUCAUUUUAUCUCUAUUUAUUUUGUAUAUUCAUAUUACAUCUGAGAAAAUUCACUGAAAUUAUGUUAAUAAAGGUUAUGCUUUCAUGUUAGUAUAA